AUGAGAAAUUUNGGUGGUCGCGUUGUCCAAAAACGUGCUGCUGAAAUCGAAGAAUUACGUCGUAAAUUAGAACAAUUACAAAAGGAAUACGAAGAAGUGACAAACAUGAAGACAUCAUUAGAAAAAGAAAUCAACACCUACCGAGAAUUAUUAGAAGGAACAAAUAAUCGCGAAGGUUUGAAACAAAUUGUUGACCAUGUCGUCGAAGAAGCACGCCGUAUGGAAGCUGAACGAGCUACAGGCGGUUCGGGUGUUGCUGGUUCCAUCUCCUAUUCAGGCGGUGGUGGUCGAUCAACCACAAUCCAACGAACAUUCAUCAGCAGCAGCGGAUCAGGAACAAGCAAUGCUGGAAUUAGCAGUUUAGUUACGGGCCCUGGCCGUGUUAGCAGCAGCUAUGGUAGCACACAAGGUGGUAGCGGAGGUGCUUCAUAUUCGCAAACAACAUCCCGUCGCGAAUACACAUCAUCAAGUUAG